AUGGGCGAUCCCCAAGAUUCCCAGCAACCGACACGAAGCGCCCUCGCUUCAACAUGGCCCAAUCCGCCCCCAUUCUUCGAAGACUUCACCGAGGAGAAGCUCGAGCAAUUCCGGCAAUUCGUCGAGAGCCAGCCGAAAGCAGGAGAUCAGAGUGAAAAUGCACCCGUGGCGAGGAUACCGAACAUACCGACGGAUUUGAUCAAUUUACAACCGCCGGCGGAGCCCGAGGAUGGGAAGUGGAGAGUGUUUGGGGAUCAGUACACGCUUGACGACAAGUUACCAACCCUCGAAGAACAAGGGAUGCCCAAACUAGGCGCCGAGAGCGCCUCGCAAGACGAGCAAGGGAAGGAGGGUAAACAUCAAGACCGAGCCUUUGAGCUUAAGCGGCUGGCGAAGUCACUACUUUUGAACUUCCUAGAAUUACUGGGAAUCUUAAGUAUAGACCCUGCACAGGCCGAGGAGAAGGCUAAUGACCUCCGCACGCUCUUCAUCAACUUCCACCACGUCCUCAACGAAUACCGACCCCACCAAGCUCGAGAGUCCACGAUCGCCCUCAUGCAAGAACACCUCGACCGAACACGCGCCGAGACGGCCGCCAUAAGAGAGAGCGUGGAUCGCACGAAGCGGGUUAUCGAAGGGUUGGGGAGUAUUGAGAUUUCGGAGCGGCCCGAAUCGGCGUGGGUUAUGAGGGGCAAGGAGAAGGAGGAGGUGAAGGAAGGGGGCCAGAAGAGGGAGACUGAGGUUUGGGCGGCGGCUGAUGAGUUGAUCUUAUAG